AUGGCGGACCACCCCGGCGCAGGGGAGGGGCAGCUCCGACUUCUGAGCCUAGAUGGCGGCGGCGUGCGUGGCCUCUCCAGCCUCCUCAUCCUGAGAAAGAUCAUGCGGGAGGUGGGCGCGCAAAUGAACCCUCCCAGGGAACAGCUGAAGCCCUGCGAGUACUUCGACCUCAUUGGCGGCACAAGCACCGGCGGAAUCAUAGCGAUCAUGCUUGGUCGGCUGCGCAUGUCGGUCGACGAAUGCCUCCACGAAUACGAAAGGCUGAGCGAGGCGGUCUUUGGCAAGCGGAAAAAAGGCAGGGCUGAACUAUACAGUGCGACAGCUCUGGAGGAGGUGAUACAAUCGGUCAUCAGGAGAAAACUGGGCCAACACGCCGUGCACGACCCGCUUCAGGAUCCUUUCCAGUUGCGGAGUGAAAAGGGCAAAGUCAUUGUCUUCUCCAUUCACCGCGCACACGCAAAUACCGUCCAAGCCCAAGGCUUCCGCAGCUAUCCGGUCAGCUUUGGCAAUACUGACCCCUGUACCAUCUGGGAGGCGGCCCGGGCCACCUCGGCCGCUUCCACUUUCUUCAAGGCCAUCGACAUCGCUGGCGUCCACUGGUGUGAUGCAGCCUUGGGUUUCAACAAUCCCACCAAGCUGGUCCUGGCCGAAGCGUUUCGUUUGUGGGGAGAUCAUCGUAGACACUUUGACGAGAACAGGAUCGGCGUCCUCCUGAGCAUCGGCACCGGUGAAUCGAAAAUCGUCUCUCUGGGCAAUAAACAUGGCUCGCUGUUAGCCGAGAGUGCUCACGACUUGGCCAGACGACUGGGCAUCGAUCUCAGAGUGCUGGAUGCUCUCAAGGCGAUCACCACCCGGACAAACCAGACGGCACUCGAGGUAAAAGAUGAUAUGAGGCAAAGGAAAACCCGUAACCACUGGGGCGGUGACCGCUACUUCCGCUUCAACGUCGAUCGAGGUCUGGACGAAGUGGCGCUGUUCCAGUAUGAAAAGAUCGAGGAGAUGAAGGCAAACACCAGUGAGUACUUCUUGACCCAUGACGAGGAAUUCAACAAUUGCACCACAUAUCUGGCCCGGCUUGAGGACGCACCAAGACCACCGGAGCUAGGACUACAGCUUUUCCAUCCACCAGACACAUCAAGAGGCUCGGCCAACGUGCUUGCUCUGGAGGAGUUUGGCCUGACCCCUGACAUAUAUGCGGAAAACGAGACAAGCCUACGCAGAAAGAGAGAACUAGAAGGCACCAUCCGAGAGGGGUCCGCAUGGCCAACAUUAGUUAUUGCCGACAUAUUCCACAAGGAAAGUCUUGAGGUAUGGGCUUCAGCAGAGGCAGCUUACAAUCGAGAUCAGGGGAAGAUGCACUAUCCCACUCUCGUCCACCGACUGGUCCAACAGAGACUCAAGAGUUUCGAGUACCUGGUGCGUGCCAAACAAUUCUAUGAACUGGUGUUGGCCAGACAAGCAGCGACGUUGGGCCCCGGGAGCCUGGACCAGGCAUGGACGGCCCAUCGACUUGGACGAGUCUAUCGCGAGCUGGGCCGGCCGGAGACUGCGUGGAAAUAUCAUAAGGAUGCCCUUGCCGGCUUCAGGCAGCACCUCGGAGCCGCCCACCACAAGACGGAGACCUGCACCUUCGCGGUCACGCAACUGGAACAGCUCUUGUGUGAAGAGCCGGGCGUGGUGUCGCCACCGUCGCCAGAAGGACUGACGGGGCGCCUCAGACGUCUCUGGACCGUGUGA